AUGCAAAACGUCCCUCACACCCUCUCCCCGGGGUCCCUCAUCCGCGAGUCCAUAACCCGCGCCGCCCCCUACGACACCCGCCCGCCCUCCCCUCCCACAGUCGACAUCCCCGCCACGCGCGCCGUAGGCCGCAACUCCGUCCUCAUCGCCCCUUCCCCGCGCAACCUCGACCCCGCCCUGUUUGAUCUCAACUCGGAUUACGCUUCAGUCAUCACCCACGGUCUGCGUCCACAGGAAGCGCUUGACCAGGCUUCAGACUGGGAGUACUCGGCCCGCCGCAGUGCCCAGAAAAUUAUCGACCCUUCCCUUUACUUGGGUCCGCUGAGCGUGCUGAGGGACAGGGAGUUUAUGAAGGGGGAAGGGGUGACGAUGGUGGUGGUGGUUAGGGAUCGGAUUAUGGGACUUGGACUUGGGGGAGGACAUCAACAACAUCAACAACAGAGGACAGACGGGCAAGGGGUUCCGCCUGUUCCGACGCUGGGACCGGCAGCCAAAAAGGUUACUGAGGAACUUGGGGUUCAAGUGGAAGCGGUGGGGGUUGGUGGGUUGCAAGGGCUUAUCAGGGAGUUUCCGAAGUUGAACGAGAAGAUUGUGAGGCACUUGGUCGCAGUACACAAGAGGAGUCUUGGUGCCCAGCAGGGAAAAGUGCUGGUGUGUUGCGAGACAGGGAAUGAUCGGUCGGCAGCGGUGGUGGUGGCUUACCUGGUUGAGGUUUGGGGCGUGGGCUUGAUUGAGGCGCUUAGGUUCGUGCUGUACAGACGGUUUUGCGUGGCGUGGGAUGACGAUACGAGGAGGUAUCUCAAGAACUAUGAGGAUAUUUUGAUGGCGAAGAGGGCGCGUUGGCAGGAUCAGGAGGCCAAUGACAGGGACGCCGCCGCUGCUGCGGAUGAGAGCAGGAUGAACAAGUUGAAGAGACAAUUGGCGAGUGUCGGCUUCGAUGAUGAUAGUGACGAUGAAGAUGAGGAGAUGUGGGGCAACUACAAGGGCGCCAGCUCAUCGUCUAAAGAGACAAUCCAUCAAGCGCGGGGGAGGAACUUUGCACCCUUUCUGGAUCUGCCUCCCCGUGGGGCGGAACACAGAAACAACGAGGGAGAAAACAGGCCAAGCUAG